UCAAGAAGUUUAAGGUUUCACAUACUGGUUUCCUGCUGGAGAGGAAAACUGCCUUCUAGGGGCUGGGAAGUUGAAGGUUAACCACCUCCCACAGCAGAGGACUGCCUGCCCAUCGGGCCCUUUGUUAAAAUGCCUUUCCUCUUACCCCAAGCUAGAAACCAGUGUGGGCAUCCAGGUGGAACAACCUGUGUGUGUGCCAGGGGGGUGGGGUGGGGGCGCAUAUUUCUUAAUAGUGAACGUUUGUCCUCUUCACUUUGCGCUGGAAGAGCACCUUCACAUCACCGGCGUGUUAUUUAUUUCGUGUGAGGGAGGCGUCUAAAUUUAGCAGGCUGCUUGCUUCAGAUGAAAACCCUUGCUGACUGACAACUUUCAAGUUGUUUCUUCGACGAUUUGUGUCUAUAGAUACAGGGCAAGUGCUGUUGUUCAUUGGUUUCCCAAUCACAGGACUUACGGGUGUGAACAUUCGGAUGUAAACCUCAACUUGGCCUUCUUUCCCCUCCUGGUACUAGUUAUCCUUAGAUUGGAGAGGCCUUCAAGCACCGAGUUAAAUUCUGAGCCGUAGUCUCUGUCUGGCUGCAGAUCCUCUCCUGCCAAUAACCACAAACACAGCCUCCCUUUCACACCCCUUCCUCGAACCCCCAUGUUGGUGGCCCCAGGGUUGCCGGGUUGGAGUCUGCCUUUUGCCUUGUCUUGCCCCAGACUGGUCUUUCUCCUCCUCUGUGUGCUCCCCAGCCUCCUUCCUGUGCUCGCUCUGCUGGCUCCUCCAUGGAAAAUUCCAGCCAUCCCCACUGAUAGUUCCCGUUUCUUCUGGUUCAGAAUUGCAUCUGGAGUCUUGGCCCUAUUCUUCUCCCUUUGGCCUGGUCUGGAUGUUUGGGAAAGUUUUAGCACCUCAAACAAUUUGCACCUUGGUUUGUUUAGCUUGCUGCUGGAGGCCUGGGAGGGGCUGUGUGCCUGUGAGCCCAUGUGGCCUGCGCCCUGCCUCACAGAGAGGAGGGGAGGCCAUUCUGUGUGGAUGACCUUCCCGGCCCAGAGGGUCUGUCUUCCCAGUUUGUCUCUGCAGCCCCCGGCUCUUCCCCUGUGUCUUCUCAAUAGCCCUUCCUCAUUCCACUUUUGUGGUGGGGGCAAACGACACAGCUUAGCAUUCCUGGGUGAAAUGCUGGUUGUGCGAAUGCUUUGAGACUAGGCAGGCCUUUUGCUUCUAGCCUGGGUAUUUUUGAAGGAAAGGACAAAAAACACCCAACUUUGUGAUUUAACAUCUGUGAAUUUGGGGGGCGGCUGUUGCUUGGCCUCCUGGGAAGGCUGUCAGCUUUCAGGGUAGUGGAGGUCUGGGGAAUGAGAAAUCGGACAACUGGGCUAGUAAUUUGAUUUGAAGAAGCGAACAACCUUUAAAAAAAAAGGCUCCCUCGCAGAGGCCUUGACUGAAGCGGGCUUGGUCCCCUGCCUUACCCGCGGCGUAAAAGUUGGGGGCUGGUCACCAAGCUUGGCGGAAGAGGAGAGAAAAACCGAACAGGAGGUGGUAGAGGCCAUGGACAUCUCCACUCGCUCCAGAGGUGCGCAGGUGACCCGUGACGAGGAUUCCAGGGAGUGUCCCGGGUUUGCUGCAGAUCCCGGCUCUGCAGAGCGAACAGCCCAGAAAAGAAAGUUCCCCAGCCCUCCGCACUCCUCCAAUGGCCACUCGCCCCAGGACACGUCCACAAGCCCCAUUAAAAAGAAGAAGAAACCUGGCUUAUUGAACAGCAACAGUAAGGAGCAGUCAGAACUAAGACAUGGUCCGUUUUACUAUAUGAAGCAGCCACUCACCACAGACCCUAUUGAUGUUGUACCACAGGAUGGACGGAAUGAUUUCUACUGCUGGGUUUGUCACCGGGAAGGCCAAGUCCUUUGCUGUGAGCUCUGUCCCCGGGUUUAUCACGCUAAGUGUCUGAGACUGACAUCGGAACCAGAGGGGGACUGGUUUUGUCCUGAAUGUGAGAAAAUCACCGUGGCCGAGUGCAUCGAGACUCAGAGCAAAGCCAUGACCAUGCUCACCAUCGAACAGCUGUCUUACCUGCUCAAGUUCGCCAUCCAGAAAAUGAAGCAGCCGGGGACGGAUGCAUUCCAGAAGCCCGUCCCGCUGGAGCAGCACCCCGACUAUGCAGAGUACAUCUUUCACCCCAUGGACCUUUGUACAUUGGAAAAGAACGCUAAAAAGAAAAUGUACGGAUGUACAGAAGCCUUCCUGGCUGACGCGAAGUGGAUUUUGCACAACUGCAUCAUUUAUAAUGGGGGAAAUCACAAAUUGACGCAAAUAGCGAAAGUAGUCAUCAAAAUCUGUGAACACGAGAUGAAUGAAAUCGAAGUGUGUCCCGAAUGUUACCUAGCUGCUUGCCAAAAACGAGAUAACUGGUUUUGUGAGCCUUGUAGCAAUCCGCAUCCUUUGGUCUGGGCGAAACUCAAGGGCUUUCCGUUCUGGCCUGCCAAAGCGCUGAGGGACAAAGAUGGGCAGGUGGAUGCCCGUUUCUUUGGACAACACGACAGGGCCUGGGUCCCGAUCAAUAAUUGCUACCUCAUGUCUAAAGAAAUCCCUUUUUCUGUGAAAAAGACGAAAAGCAUCUUCAACAGUGCCAUGCAGGAGAUGGAGGUCUAUGUGGAGAACAUCCGCAGGAAGUUUGGGGUCUUUAACUACUCUCCCUUCCGGACCCCCUACACGCCUAACAGCCAGUACCAAAUGCUGCUCGACCCCACCAACCCCAGCGCCGGCACCGCCAAGGUGGACAAGCAGGACAAGGUCAAGCUCAGCUUUGACAUGACGGCGUCCCCCAAGAUCCUGAUCGGCAAGCCCAUGCUGAGCGGGGGCACCGGUCGCAGGGUCUCCCUGUCCGACAUGCCGCGCUCUCCCAUGAGCACCAACUCUUCGGUGCACACGGGCUCCGACGGGGAGCAGGAUGCCGAGAAGAAGGCCACCUCCAGCCAUUUGAGCGCCAGCGAGGAGGACUUCAUGGAGAAGGGCACAGCUUCUCCAGCCUCUACCAAGACGGGCCAAGCGGGGAGUUUAUCUGGCAGCCCUAAACCCUUCUCCCCCCAAGCGCCAGCGCCACUCACAACGAAAACGGAGAAGGCGCCCACCACGUCCACCACUGGCAGCAUUCUGAACUUGAACCUGGACCGCAGCAAAGCCGAGAUGGAUCUGAAGGAGCUGAGCGAGUCCGUGCAGCAGCAGACCCAGCCCGUCCAGCUCAUCUCCCCAAAGCGGCAGAUCCGCAGCCGGUUCCAGCUCAAUCUGGACAAGACCAUCGAGAGCUGCAAGGCGCAGCUAGGCAUCAAUGAAAUCUCGGAAGAUGUCUACACGGCUGUGGAGCACAGCGAUUCGGAGGAUUCCGAGAAGUCCGACAGUAGCGACAGUGAAUUCAUCAGUGACGACGAGCAGAAGUCCAAGAACGAGCCCGAAGACGCGGAUGACAAAGAGGGCGGUCAAAUGGACAAAGAGCCAGCUGCCGUCAAAAAAAAGCCCAAACCCUCCAACCCCGUGGAGGUUAAGGAGGAGCUGAGGAGCUCCUCGCCCACCAGUGAGAAGGCGGACCCAGUGGUGGUCAAGGAAAAGACCAGCCCGGAGCCUGAGAAGGAUCUUCCAGAGAAAGCAAAACCUUCCCCUCUCCCGCCGAAGGAUAAGCUGAAGGGGAAAGACGAGACGGAUUCCCCGACGGUGCAUUUGGGCCUGGACUCCGAUUCAGAGAGUGAACUUGUCAUCGAUCUUGGAGAAGACCAUUCUGGGCGGGAGGGUCGGAAAAACAAGAAGGAGCCCAAAGAACCGUCUCCCAAGCAGGAUGUCGUGGGCAAAGCGCCGCCAUCCACCCCAGCGACGGGCAGCCAGUCUCCCGCCGAGACGCCGGUCCUCACCCGCGCUUCCUCCCAAACCCCCACGGCCGGAGUCACAGCCACCACCAGCACGACGUCCACGGUCACAGCCCCGGCCGCCGCCGCCACCGCCACGGGAAGCCCGGUGAAAAAGCAGAGGCCGCUCUUACCGAAGGAGACUGCCCCGGCCGUGCAGCGGGUCGUGUGGAACUCCUCAAGUAAGUUUCAAACGUCCUCCCAAAAGUGGCACAUGCAGAAGAUGCAGCGCCAGCAGCAGCAGCAGCAGCAGCAACAGCAGCAGAGCCAGCCGCCGCAGCCCCAGUCUUCCCAGGGGACGAGAUAUCAGACCAGACAGGCUGUGAAAGCUGUCCAGCAGAAGGAGAUCACCCAGAGCCCGUCCACGUCAACCAUCACCCUGGUGACCAGCACACAGUCAUCGCCCCUGGUCACCAGCUCAGGGUCCACAAGCACCCUGGCAUCCUCCAUCAAUGCUGAUCUGCCCAUUGCUACCGCCUCCGCUGACGUCGCCGCAGAUAUCGCCAAGUACACCAGCAAAAUGAUGGAUGCAAUCAAAGGAACGAUGACGGAAAUAUACAACGAUCUGUCGAAAAACACCACUGGAAGCACCAUCGCCGAGAUCCGAAGGCUGAGGAUCGAGAUUGAGAAGCUGCAGUGGCUGCACCAGCAGGAGCUCUCUGAGAUGAAACACAACCUGGAACUGACCAUGGCGGAGAUGCGGCAGAGCCUGGAGCAGGAGCGCGACCGGCUCAUCGCCGAGGUCAAGAAGCAGCUGGAGCUGGAGAAGCAGCAGGCGGUGGAUGAGACCAAAAAGAAGCAGUGGUGCGCCCACUGCAAGAAGGAGGCCAUCUUCUACUGCUGCUGGAACACCAGCUACUGCGACUACCCCUGCCAGCAGGCGCACUGGCCGGAGCACAUGAAGUCCUGCACCCAGUCGGCUACCGCCCCCCAGCAGGAAGCGGACGCCGAGGUGAGCACGGAAACACUGAGCAAGCCAUCCCAGGCUGCAUCCUCCAGCACCCAGGCAGCCCCCCCGGAAGCAGCCACCGCCUCGAAAGAGAAGGAGGCCUCGGCGGAGAAGAGCAAGGACGGUGGCUCUACUCUCGACCUUUCUGGCUCCAGGGAGACGGCUUCCUCCAUUCUCUUAGGCUCCAACCAAGGAUCUGAUCAUUCCCGGAGUAGCAAGUCCGGUUGCUGGAGCAGCGGGGAGGAGAAGCGAGGCUCUGCGCGCUCCGAGCACAACGCCGGCGGCGCCAGCACGAAGAGCCUCAUCCCGAAAGAGUCUCGCCUGGACACCUUCUGGGACUAGGGACUGACUGUGCCGAGCCGCCGCCACCAUUCAAAGCAAAAGCCACCCACAGACUCCAGCGCGAGGGCGAGAGAAGCGGCGCGAGAUGUGGGGAGCGCCCGCGCCUGGCGCCGUCGCCCGCCUCCACACUACAGCGCCCAGCCUCGGCCUCGGCCGAGGCCCCGCACGAGGCUUUCCAUGUAAAUAAUGUACCAUUUGUGGAUGCCACCGACCCUAGAGGGACCCGCCCCUUUUUAUAUUUGUAUGGACUUUAACUUAUAAAGGAGGAGGGAACACACAAAACGCAACAAAAACCAACAAAACGAUUAAAAAAAAAAAAAAGUGAAACCCCAACCAUGUUUUUGAAUUGGAGAAAGGGAUAGCCAGCCCAUUCCCGCUCCGAGGGAAGUGACGUUUCCAUUCGUCUUCUCGCGAGAGCACGUCAGACCUCGGCGUCGCUCUCCCUUGAAAUCCCGCGUGAUUAUGACGCGGAGCGCGAGCUCUCGGGACCGGAAGGAGGCGCGGAGACGUGCGCGCUUCCUGGUGGGAUGGGAAGGAAGGACGGCGCUGCCCUUAAGUCGGGGCGGUAGUGCGUUCACAGAGGAGCCGAGGGUCCGACGUCGCUGCCGCCGUCGCCGUCGCGGGAGCCGGAGCUCGCAGGCAAGGGCGCGCGGAGGGCGUUGGAGGCGAGGGCGAAGCAUGCGUGUGUUUCUGUGAUGGGAUGUUGCGUUUUUAUGUAAGCAUGACAGCGAGGCCGGGUGAGCGCGCGCGGCCACCCCCACCCGCCGUGGUGUCCGCAGUGACACUCCGUUCCGCGGUAGGACAUUCGUAAGUCGUGUCACACCAGGCCAGGCCAACAAGCGUCGAACAAAUGUCCCGCUUCCAGCUAGUUGACCCUUAUUAGAGAAGAAGCAAAACGGGAGAGCGUUAUUAGAAGAACGUGCGCGCGCGAGAAAAGAACAUUUGUGAAUUGCAGUUGCCCAGGAUUUAAAAGGAAAAAAAAAAAUAGCCUAGCUGGCCUUAUUUGUGAAGCAUAAUUGCUUUUAGCAUAUGGAAGUAUUUUUUCACAUUUUCUUUGUAUAAAAUUUGUAUUAAACUUAAAUAUCUUUUUGGA